CUGUGCUGUCAGACUACUUUGUUUUGAAAAAGUUGAUGUGGAUUUCAUCAAAGACCAGCACCAAAAACUGAAAAAAGCUACAAAACAAGAAAUAAGAAGAGUUUCAUAUUGUGGAUUUCGAUUUGGUGAAAAUAAACCACUGAUAAUAUAGUAAAACUCAUAUAGCUUCGAAAAAGGAAAUAAAUAAACAUGGCUCACUACAAGGGUGCAGCGUCGGAAGCUGGCAGAGCCAUGCAUCUGAUGAAGAAACGUGAAAAAGCCCAGCAGGAAAUAGAACUUCGAAAGAAGAAAAUCGAAGAGGACCUCAAGAUAGAAAACAUUGAAAACAAAUUCGCCACACAUUAUGACGCAGUGGAACAGCAACUCAAGAGUUCCACCAUAGGUUUGGUGACCCUUGACGAAAUGAAAGCCAAGCAGGAGCACAUAGUACGUGAAAGAGAGAAAAAACUGGCUCAAAAGAAAGCAGAAAAAGAGAAGGAACGACAGAAAGAAAUUGAAGCCAAACAGGCGCAGAAAAAUAAACAAAAGCGACAGAUCCAAGCUCUCUCAUUUGAUUUGAAUGAAGAUUCAGAAGAAGACUGUGAAGAGGAAAAGGAAGAAGAAGAGAAAGCAGAAACCACUUGGCGAGAUCAGAGUGAAGUUGUAUGUAAAAAAAUUAAAAAGAAUCCAGAUGUUGAUACGUCAUUUCUACCGGACAGAGAAAGGGAGGAAGCUGAUUUGAAGCUUCGCGAGGAACUGAGGCUGGAGUGGGUCAUGACGCAAGCCAGCCUCAAGGAUGAGCCGAUCACUGUCACUUUCAGCUACUGGGACGGCUCUGGGCAUAGGCGGAAUGUCACCUUGAAAAAAGGGAACUCUAUAUAUCAGUUUCUGCAAAGAUGUCUUGAUACAUUGCGACCAGAGUUCAGCGAGUUGAAAACGGUGUCUGCCGACCAACUCAUGUAUGUGAAAGAAGACUUGAUAUUGCCACACCACUACACUUUCUACGAUUUCAUUGUAACUAAGGCGCGCGGCAAGAGUGGUCCUCUAUUCCAGUUUGAUGCUUCAGACGACAUAAGAUUAGUGAACGACGCCACACAAGAAAAGCAAGACUCCCAUGCCGGGAAAGUACUCCUAAGGUCUUGGUACGAAAGAAACAAACACAUAUUCCCCGCAUCCAGAUGGGAGCCCUACGAUCCAACUAAGACCUAUUCUAAGUAUACUGUGAAAGGAAAAUGAACAAUAUUCACUCAGUACUUUGUAUUCAAUAUAUUAGCAAAUAUAUCUGUACAUUGUUGUGAAUAAUGCAAUAACUAGGUACCAAUAAUUCUUAACUUUAUUUAAAUAAAAUAG